AUGGAUUCAGUUAUUGAAGUUCAACGGCAAACUCACGAGGAAGUCGAACGUCUCGAGCGCGCAUUGUACACCCUGUUGUCAAGGAACCCAACGACUCACGAAGUCAAGCUUCAAAACGAACAUAAAGCUUCCCAGGUCCUCGACCGAAUUUCAUCGCGGGUCGCAGCGUUGAAUGGCCUGUAUAGCGAUGAAACUGCCCGGAAAGAAGACAUAGACAACCUCACAGCGAAAUCUCAGCAGAAUGACCUAUCGGAAUUCUACUCCCGGUUGGUGAAAAUCCAGGAGCACUACAACAAGUACCCUGACGCAGUGGUAGACGGUCUCGAACUCGAACUCGACGCCUUCUUAUACGAGCCGGACCCAGAGGCUGACGAGGACCUUGAAGGGGAAGAUCCUAUCUCGUUGAUGUUUUCCGGAGAAGAGGCAUACGGAAAGUAUCUUGAUUUGUACGCUAAUCACUCGGCGUAUAAUAACCUCAAAAACUUGGGGAAACGUCCUGGGUAUCUGCAAUACCUCGACCUUCUCAUGAACGCCCAGUUUGGGCCAGUACACCGAGAGCUGAGCCAAGAAACCAGGGCCACAAAGGACUACGAGACUUACAUACGCACACUUCACUCAUAUCUCUCCUCAUUCUCAAAGCGAACCCAACCACUUGUCGAUGUGGACUCCCAAGAGAAGACUGCAGGCGCUGAGUUCGACGUGAAGUGGGAAGCUGGAGAAAUAGAGGGUUGGGGGGAGAGCAAGGCGAAAGCUCCUGCGAAUGGUAGUGAAGCACCUGGGAUAUGGUGUGCACCUUGCCAAAAGAAUUACUCAAAACAAACUGUCUACGACGCUCACUUGACCUCCAAAAAGCAUGUAAAAGCAACAGCAAAGAUGGCUAGUUCAGGGGAACCCUCAUCGAAUCCGAAUGGCAACGGCAGCGACCAUCCAUCUCAUGGACCAUCUACGAGAUCCAGGUUCCGCGAUGCUGCGUAUCACACACAUAUGGCCACAUUCCUCCUCGCGUCUCUUGUCGGCUUUUUGAAUGACACAAAAUCAAAUGUCGAACGAAGGUUCUCCCUGACUGCUCGUGAGCGAGAGCAGGAACUUCUGGAGCAAGCCAAACCUCCGCCAGCACCGCCAGCUGCCGCCGAUGGGGCACCCGAGGAAGAGGAGGAAGAAAGAAUCUACAAUCCUCUGAAAUUGCCAUUGGGAUGGGACGGCAAGCCUAUACCAUACUGGCUGUAUAAAUUGCACGGUCUCGGUGUGGAGUACCGUUGUGAAAUUUGUUCAGACCAUGUUUAUAUGGGCCGCAAAAACUUCGAUCGUCACUUCCAGGAGUCGCGGCACGCCUUUGGGAUGCGCGCUCUGGGUCUUCCCAAUACAAAACAUUUCCACGAAAUAACUCGUAUCGAAGAUGCACUUGCUCUUGCCGAGAAAUUGAAGCAGGAAGGCAAACACGAAAUUUUCGAGCAAGAAACCAUGGAGGAGCUUGAGGAUGACGAGGGCAACGUAUACAAUCGCAAGACUUACGAAGAUCUCAAGAAACAAGGUCUAAUCUAA